AUGGCAUAAUGUAAUCAAAUGAAAACAUGGCACACAAGAGUGAGGUUGGGAUUUACAAUUCAAGUCAGGAAUUCGUUUGUUUGAAAGAUGUGUUGCACUCAUUCAAUAAUAGUAUCAAUGAGGAGCAAGCAUGGGCAGUGUGCUAUCAGUGUGCCCAGUAUUUUUCACAAAAUCCCAGUCAGGAGUGUUUCAGGGAUAUAUAUUAUUAUGGAAUUGCUGCAAUUAGGAUUUCUAAAGAUGGGGACUUGAAAGUGAAAGUAGAUUUCAGUCAAGGGAGUGGCAAGGGACCGCCUUCACCAGACAAAAGAAGUUCCUUUUCCAUGAGCAAAGAAUUCAAAUCUGUCAUCUCUGAAACUGACGCUACCCAGGCUCUUGGCACAGCAAUCUACAAGGCCCUGGACUAUGGGCUCAGCGAACACGAGGAGCCCCACCUGAGCCCAGACCUUGAGGCCCUCAUUGACCUUCUUAUUGCCCAGCCCGCGGACGAUGAUGAAGGGAUUGAUAUUGAGCGAGACUGUGAUCACGAUACGGACCAGGACAGUCAAGGGCGGGAACAGUCUAUCUUCCAGGAUGUUAUACAGAUGUGUGUACGUCGCCUGUCCAGCCAGCAGAAUGCCCAGAUGCACUACCGGGCAGUGUGUCGUGCCCUUGCUACCGAAUCUUCGGAGUUGUCUACCUUCCUUGACAACAUUGCGCGUGGACAUGAGCGUCUGGCAUCAACGGGCGACGACCAGCCCUCAGUGGAUGACUUGGAGAGAAACGAUUGGGCGCGACUGUGGGUACAGAUAAUGCGACAGCUAAGACACGGGGUCAGGUUGAAAAAGGUUGAGCAGGUCCAUCUACCCCCUGUGGAGUUUGAAUUGACCCCCUUCGAGAUUCUCCUAGAAGAUAUUCGGCUGGGCAGAUUUAAGCUCAAUAGGAUAACGGUGAAUGGAGACAUUCCGCCGAAACUCAAGAAUGAUGCGCAUGCUGUGAUACUUGAUUUUAUACGUUCCCGACCUCCACUCAAACCGGCAACACGUCGGCAACUGAAGGAAAAACCAGUCCGCGAGAUGGAUACGCGGGAAAAGUUGAUGGAAGAAAUAUGCAAAAUGGAUAUAAAACUUCGGCCGGUCAAGAAGGGUAAAGUCGUUGUUCGUAAGCCAACAUGGUUAGGUGAUGACGAUGACUCGUCAGAUGAGAGCAGCCCACCUCCGGCCAGAAUAGUCAUUAAACCAGUUGCUGCUUUCCAGGUGUCAACAGAUGACUCAGAUUCGUACAUAUCGGAGACAGAUGAGGAUGGCAGACGACAUAUCAGUGGCCCCAAUAUGUCUCCGUUAACCCCACCUGACAAUCGUGCUAUGAGAGCAGCUGUGGCGAAGGAUCUCAUUCAGCAUAGCCCUAGUCAGCAGUCUCUACACAGACGGCACACCAUCGGGUCAUGUGACACGAAGAACGGCCAAAAGGUAUCUGCACCGUCCCAGCAUGCAUCAGUUGCAGAGGAAGACGAGGAGGAAGAAACUGUCACUUCUAGCGGUUUUAAUCGUGACAGUGCAUGCCGGAGACCAUCGAGAUCUAAACUUGUGUCGUACCGCCAAAAACACUCGGGAGACAGGCUUCAAUCUAGUGAAGACUGUCAACCACAUGUAUCGGCACAUUCUUGCACAAAAUCUCGACACAAAUCUCAUUUAAUGCAUGCAGGCCAUAGUGUUCUGUCAAAAUCGCAUGGCAACCUGAUUGAUGGAUCUGUAACGGUGCACGAUGAUAUGCAUGGUAUGUUGUACAGUGAACCUUCACGUAUAUCCCGAUCUGUCAGUGUUGCGGCCAUUUCAGAUCCGCACAGAAGUUACUCUCCUGCAGGCCAUCCACCAAGAUCUCAGUCACCCCACAUGUCCUCAGGCAGGUCUGAGUCACCCGCCCGACGACUAUCCCUGUCCCGAUCACAGACAUUUACAUGUAGUAUUCCUCGUAAAUCCCGGUCUUGUCUACGUAAUGAAACACACAUAGCAACACGUUGUGAUUCCCCUCAGACACGCUCCCUGAAACGCAAUGAUUCCUUCCCGCCACCAAGAAGUGAGAGCGAAACCAACUUGAGGGCUGAAUCUCCCAGACGACAUUCCAUCCAGGUUGCGCAGACCCACAGUGUUGAUAGCACUAAAGACACUAAUAUUCCCAGUGAACGUUCUCGUAGAUAUUCCACUCAAAAUGUUGUCAAAGCUCGUCAGUCAUGUGCUUCUAGUGAAAGUGUAUGUACACAGUCAGUGCAUGUCAGGGACAGUUCAAGUGAAGUAUCAUCCCAAAAUCGGCACCAACAUAGACACCGAAGACCACAAUCCCAUGCAGGGGUUGUUAUUGAUAGACCACACUCACAUGCUGAUGUUGUUAAUGAUAGACCACACUCUCAUGCUGAUGUUAACAAAGAUAGACUACAUUCGCAUGCUGGUAUUGUAAGUGAUAGACCAUUCGAGCAUGCUGUUGUUGUAAGUGACCCUAAACCCAGUGUUGUGCAUAAUUCUCGUGCUCUUCCACGUGAACUCCAUGCUCGCGUAAAACAUAUGCAAAGACAUGCCAGCGUAGCAGGCGAUGCUAGUACUGCACGGGCAAAGCAUGUUCGUCGUGAUCCCAAACAUAGUAAACUUGCAUGGUCGGAAACUGUUGAUAAUGAUUCUAAUAGUGAUCACGAAGAAAAAUUUAGAUCUGAAUUACAUAUUGGAGCUACAAAAAAUAUUGAGAAAACAAAAAAUGAUUCAAGUAAAAUGUCUACAGCUGUUUCUGUAAAUAAGUCUGAAAGCAAGGAUGAAAGUAGGUCAGUUAAAGAAAGUAGGCCAGUAAUAGAAAGUAAGUCGGUAACGGAAAGUAGGAAACCAGCUGUUUCUAAAUUGCAGGAAUCUCAGAGUGCCAAAGAGAUAAGUUCUGAAGAAAAAGUGGAAAGUUCCGAAGAGAAUUCUGUGCCAAAGUCCAGAAUUGGUAUCAUACGAGCCAGGUCAAGGCCAGAAAUCAGCAAUACUAAGUCAAGACGUUUGUUGAUAAAACAGGAAGAGGAGAAGUUUUUCAGAAAAAUUGAAAGUGUAAGGAAAGGUGAAAAGACUGACUCUGCAUUGUCUAGAACUGAGUCCCACAGAGAGCGGCCAGCCAGUGAGCUAGGUAUGGCAAGGAGAUCUGAGAGAGAGAGGCCAGCUACUGAACUGGACUUUAACAGGCAAUCAAGAAUGAGAGAACACAUUAUAAGAGCCAGAUCUGGUCAAAGAGCUCCCAUAAUUUCAAGACAUUCUACAGGGGAGCUGCAAACUAUGAAAGAUGGUGUAAAAGCUGCUUCUGAAAGACAAAGUGGUGUUGUUGAUAGAGUUGAAGGUGAUAAAGAUAUGGCCAAAAAGACUGUCAGGCUUUCUAGACAGUCUGCUAUCAGAACGGAGAGGUCGGAUAUACGUUUGAAAAUUCCUACAAAGCCAGUUUCUGAUGAGUCAGAUUCGGAAGCAAAACCAAAGGAAACAAGGCUUAGAAGAGUAGGUGUUGUAGCUAAGACAGACUCUAUGAGUGAUGAAAAUAAUUCAAAUUCCGAGCCACAACAUUCCCAAGUCAAAGAAACAUUGCCAAAACAAACUGUACCAAAGAAUGAUGUAGAGGAAAGCCAAAAAGACAACGCAGCAAAGGAAAGAGUCAGAUCUGCUGCCAGGCAUGAAUUCAAGCAAGUUAGGAGAGUAAUCCGCUCAAGUUCAGAAGUGAGACUGAGGCCAGAAGUUAAACCUUUGAAAGGCUCACAUAACUUGCCAGUUGACCUCGAAAACCACCAUUUAAAUGAAAUUCCAAACCAGCUUGUCAUAAUUCCACCCCCUGAAUUCCGCGACCCAGUCGAUGCACAUCACUCGGGCUCUAACAACACAAUUAAUGGUGUUGAAACAACAGACGGUGUGCAACAUGAGCCCUGUGAGAUUCCGGAAGUGAUUAAGACCAGCAAGGCAGAGUUUAAGGUUGCGGACCUGCUGCAUGUAAGUUGGGGGCUUGGCUCCUCCCCCGACCUCGAUACUAACACCCCUCCCUCCUCCAGCUCUCUCUUCAGCAUUCCAGCGUCUCACAAAUGGCAGAACCCUAUUGAGUGCCUGUCCUUGACCCUAGAGGAGGUCACACACAUACGGACGGUACUCACACGUGCAGAGCUCGAAUCCCUCAUCCCCGACCACGACCUCUAUACACAGGUUGCCAAGGGAAAGCUGUGUUUCACGUGUAAGAAGACCAAGUUUACAAUAUUCGGCCAGUGGGGGACAAAGUGCAAGUUCUGUGGACGCACCAUCUGUAACUACUGUCUUAGAAAGAUGAAUGUACCCACUGAGCAUUUUGAGAAGAUCCCUGUGUACACACUAAGCCCGGUGCCCUUGAGCCCAGAAGUGCUAGAGGCUCUCAAGGUCUAUGAAAGUACUGGCUCAGUUCCUCACAGCCCCGUCCAGACUAGAAAGACAAGUGCUGUUGAACGACCUCCCAGCAGGGGCCCUGAGGAUGACGUUACUACCCCAGGGGCAGAGGGGGAGGACCGCCCUGCCCGUAGGAGGAGUCUACAGAGGUCACACACCAUUGGGGUCGGCUCUAGACCCCCGCCAAAUAGGGCGUUACUGAAAGGCCCUCAGAUGAGUAUAUGCUGUGAUUGCAAGUCAAUGAUCAUGGAGAUAAUUCGUGCCAGUCGAUCGUCCGUCUCCCUCCUCACGGGAAAGUCAGGGAGCCAGGAGUCAAGUCCAGAUACACCCUCUAGGUCCCAGACCCCUUCUAGCGAGCUCCAGGGCGGGGUCUCACGUCCCCGUAGAUUGGAGUUGGAGGAACGCCCACGGCCUCGGUCCAUGUUGGCUACUUUGAACUUCAAGUCAUUUAAUUUAUCAUCUAAGUUUGGUAGUGAAGCAUAAUUUAGGUGGUUGAACUGAGAAUAUUUAUAGGCAGAAGUGAAACAUUAGAUAAAAAUGAUGUUAUAUAAUUUUAUGGCUGUUUGUCUGCAUAAUUUCUUAUGGUUGCCAUCAAAUCGAUAACAUUUACAUCGGAAAAUUGUGUGAAGAAACUUGGGUAUAAUUUUGUCAAGAAACCAAGGAGCAAGCAGAGUCCUAGGAGAUAUUUUCAACAGUAGUACUGCAAUGUUUUAAAUCCUUCCGAGGUGCAAAAUUGAUCCUUGGAGUAUUAAAAAACGGCCCCCAUGAUUAUGUUACUCUUCUUGAUUCUUGAUUGAACAAAAAUAUAAUUAAAAAAUAUCUUUAUUUUGACAUCAAAAUUAUAAUGGAAGAAGUGAUAUUUAUUUCUGUCCAAGUUUGUUUGAAAUGUCAAAAAUAGAGAUAGUAUUUUGCAAUGAUAUUAUGAGAUUUACAAAUUAAAGAUUAACUCAUUUGUAUUUAUUUCAUCAACUUUUUGUAUUUUAAACAGAAUAGCAUGGCUGUAAUGCAAUGUUUUUCAUGUAUUAUUCAAGCUUGCAAAAAUCCAUGUGUAUGAUAGUUAACGCAUGGUCUCAUUUUUACAUAGUGAUUACUAUUGGAAUCAUUAAUACAUGUACAUACCAUGUGUAUGAUAAUUAAUGCAUGGUCUCAUUUUUACAUAGUGAUUGCUAUUGGAAUCAUUAAUACAUGUACAUACUAUGUGCAUGUUUAUUGUUAAUUUGCUAAAAUGCAAUUAAUUUGUCUCAUAUAUGUCUUUUUGACACUUUUUCAGUUUAAAUGCUCUUAAACUCCUCAAUUAAUAAAUGUAUAUACAUUGUAAGUAUAUAGCAUUAAGUGUGAGUUGUUUUGUAAAUAUAAAUUCUAUUGUGAUAUUUUACCAAAUGUUACUAUGUUAAAUUGUACAAAAUGCAUAUAUAUUAUGCAAGAGAUAUUUAUUUUUUUGCCUGCUUUUAAAAUAACUCUUAUAUACACUUUCCUAUUUUUACUCAUUAAAUUACCCUGUCACAGUUAAUACUUUGAGUUGAAGGUGUACUUUUACCUCAAAUUUAAAGUGUUCUAACUUUUUCUUUCACUGAUUUCACCAUAUCUAAAGGUUGAUCGAUUACCAUCCUGCUAACGAAUAUACAAAAGCAUUUUUUUAAGUUUUAAACUUAAUAAAAUAUAUUCCACAUUCUCAACAAUUAUUUUAGUAAAAAAAUAUUGUAAUAAGUUUUGUGACUUUAUUUCUCAUGGUUACCAUGGUAUUUAACUGAAUCAAAGAGAGGAAUUCUUUGUCUCAGUGUAAGAUAGCAAUAUAUUUAACCAAGCACCAAAAGCUAUAUUUAACAAGUGGCUUUGCCAUGAGUAAGAAAAUUAAAUAUAUUGUAAUUUUACACUCAGGCAAACACUUUUUCUUUUUAUUCCUUGCUUAAGAUUUAUCAAAAAAUAAUUACCGUAAUUGAUAUUUAAUUGAACUAUCGUGAAAUAGCUGCAAAUGACAAAAUUUAUUUUACUUCUGCUCUGUGUGUAUUACAUUCACUUUUACAGUUAAGCGGGCUCAAAUGAGAGAAACAGUGAAAUUUGCUUUAGUUUUAUAUUACGCACUGUUUCAUACUACUAGUUAAUCAGGAUAUAUUUCACUGUUAUUUUUCAAUCAACCAUCAGAAAUCAUCAAAUACUUAUUAUUACAACUCAUUACAGCCAAAACAAUGUAUGUUCCUUCUGAUCCUUAAAUAUGUAACCAUUUAAGAAAGUUCUCCUGUAUAUUGUUUAUCUGUUUGUAAGAUCAAUAGAAAUAUUGUAUUAAUAACCUUUUCAUGAGCUGUCAUAACAAAUCUCUUUUUUUUUGCAUUUUGCAAUAAUACUUCUGCAAUUGGCCACAUAUACAUUUAUGUUAUACACAUAUACAGAUGUAUGUUUCUUACAAACACACGUGUUCUUUCUGAAUCAGUGCCACUCAUGUCUUCAACUGAAUGCAUUUGUGAUUUAUAUGUGUAUUAUGAUCAACCAAUCAAAAUUAAAUACUAUUCUAUACAUUACUGCAAUCAUUAAAAGUCAGGACUUACAAAGAAAUGUUUGUUAAGGGUAGCCCUACCUUACCUAACAAAGCCGCAGACCCCAGUGAUUAUAUUCAAUUUCUGAUUUUCAACCAGACUAUGAUGCAUAUAUUCUCCUGAAAUAAUGACUAGAUACAUUAUUUUGUCUUCAAAUUCGAGAUAGUUUUGUGUUUUUAUUAUCUAUAAACUGCUGGUGGCCAAACAUGCAAGCUAUCACGGUUUGACGAUCUGAACAUUAAGCAUAUUUCACCAACAAAAGUAAUAAACAAAUACCUACAUGUACAAGCCGUACCUAAUAAUUAUGGAGAUGUUACCCUAAACAAACAAUUUGUUUGAUAGGCCUUUUGUAUGGUUAAACUUCUUCUUUUGUAUACAAAUGGUUAAGUCCUUGGUUUGGUUACAGUUGGCCAGUUUUUUCAUUGAUUAGUCAAUAUUUAUUCAAAAUUAAUAUUAGCCAAUCAAAUCAUUUAAAUAUGAAAAUUAUCCUUACAACUUAUCCAAGUUUUAUACAAUUCGCUUCAAAAUGCUUCUUGUAUUUGUAUCUGCUGUCUUUAGAUCUGUGAAGACUUUACUUUGAACUUUUACCAAUAUUCUAAUAUAUGCAAUGUGUCACACAUAUGUGUCCUAUGUUUAAUGGUCUUUAAAGAAGGUCAUAAUGAAUGAUUAAAUAAAAAGAGUAAAUAUG